AUGUCAGAGUAUCAAAAAAUUUCUCGCUCAGCUUUGUAUGAUGAAGAUAGUCAGGAUACAUAUCAAAAAGAAGAAGAUGACUUGAGCUAUAUGUCCCAAAUUCAACUUGAUAUCGUGGAUAUAGAAAAAGAUAUAAGUCAAGAUCUAACUAUACGGACUAAUGAGAAGAAUAGAGAAACUAAAGAAGAAGACACUCAAAAUGAAGAAUUUGAUUUCCCAUUAUUUGCGUCGCCUUUAAUAGGUAUUUCCCAAGCUGAAGAUACCGAAAAAGCCAAUACAAAAGAUGAUGAAAGAAAGCAGCUGCAGCUGAAGAGAGGGAGAUCAGCAACAAGGAUCAUGAAAGUUUCAAUGAGAGAAGAAUCAUUAGAAACUGUUGAUAAUAUAAGACCACUAGCAUACUAUUACGUAGAGUAUAAUGAUAAAGAUAGGGAAAAGUUCAUGAAAGCCGCAAUAUCGGGUGAAGAAGUGAUCAAGCAGACUUUUAUAACUGGCGCACUUCAUGACCCUACUCCUUGGAAAUGCAUAAAGUUAGAGGAACACAAUGCCAAAAUUGACCUACAGUCACAAAAAGAUCAAAGAUUCAGAAGAAACCGUAGGCCCGGCAAAAAGAAAAGAGCUAACAAAGUGCUAUGUCGUAAAAGAAGAGAAGAAAGGGAAAAGAGUGAAAAGAAGCGUGAAAAAGAGAGACAAGCUAAAUUAAAGAAAAAAAUGUUUCAUAAGAGAGGUGGUAAAAAGCAUAAAAAAGUCAACAUAGCGCCUCUUUCUAGUAACAUAAAGGUGCUGAAGUACAGAACAGAAUAA